GCGGUCCUCCGCCAUCAUCCAUUAGUUCAGUCCUCUCAUGUGAACUUACGGUACUCAUAAACCCUCAAGAACCCCACAGUAAUCCCGCGAUCCCCAAAAAACCCCCCAAACAAUGCGUGAAAAUCGUGUGAAAUCCCGAGGAAGCCCUCUGUAACCGACUCCCCCUAGCUCCCCAUCCCAUUCCGCUAUUGACUCUCCCAAUAAAUCCUCACCAAGGUGCCGUGUCCCGGAGCAGGGGGAGGGGAUUUUUACGCGGAUUGUACGCUCGAGGGGGGCCAAAAGUGGGGAAAACUUUUAGAGCCCAAGAAUAGCCCAUCGAGCCCCAAAAGAAAAACGGUCUAGGAAAAAUAGAGUAAAACAAAGUGCAAAACGUUGUAAAAGGGGGAGGGGUUGUGCCGACGGGCAGAAGAGCCGACGAGGGAAUCAGAGUGCCAUCGGCUGCCCAGCGGUGCCCACUUUCCACAAAAAAAAAAAAACCCAAGUGAUAAUCCCACCCAAGAGUUCGAUAAUUGCCCCUCAGUGCCUGAAACAAAAGCCCAAUCAAGUGAACCAUCCCGAAAAAGUGUAGACAAUUGUUGCUGAAUUCAUUCGUUCGACAAUCGUGAAACUAUCCAAGUGAAUAUCGGGAGACUGGAGUUAACGACGGAUGCCCCUCCCACUCACUCUGAUGAACUAAAAAUUCACGGACCACUGGAAAAACUCAGUGAUUCGGAAUCAUCAUCAUCAUCACCUCGAGGCAAUCGCCAGUGAGAGCAUCAACCGGUGUAAUAUCACAUUAGCGUGGCUCAAGUUACAUUUUGAAAUGUUUUCCCAGUGCAAUUCGUGAAAUUGUUAUUGGGCUUUGGGUAUUUUAAUUAAGUGAGUGAGAGUGUGAUAAGUUCGUUUGUGAUAACUUUGGUGAAGGUGAGAGGACAUGUCACUGGAGACACGUUCCAGCUCGGCCCUGUUCAAGCGGGCCGAACAGCUCAAACGUUGGGAAUUGUCGGAGACCAAUAGUCAGCCGGCCCAACCGAAACAAAUAGCACGUAAGAUCAAGUUCUCGGCCGACUGUGUCUUCUUGGCUGCCUGUGCUGCUGGUGAUAAGGAGGAGGUGGUUAGGCUACUCCAGAAGGGUGCUGACAUCAAUACUGGAAAUGUCGAUGGUCUGACGGCCCUGCACCAGGCCUGCAUCGACGAUGAUCUGGACAUGGUGGAGUUUCUCGUGGAACAGGGUGCUGAUAUUAAUCGUGGAGAUAACGAGGGGUGGACACCGUUACAUGCCACCGCCUCCUGCGGAUUUAUAUCUAUUGCUAAGUACUUAAUUGAACAAGGCUGUAAUCUAGCAGCUGUAAAUAACGAUGGUGAGCUAGCAGUGGACAUCGCUGAGAGCAACGAAAUGGAGGAUCUCCUUCAACAGCACAUCAACAAAGCAGGCAUCGAUUGCGAUCAGGCGAGAAGCGAGGAGGAGAGAUCGAUGUUGAGUGACGCGAGAGCCUGGCGAUCUGGAGCACCCGGUAAAGAUUCCACUCAUCCACGCUCUGGUGCUACUGCGCUUCACGUUGCCGCCGCCAAGGGUUAUAUAAAAGUUAUGAACAUACUUUUGCAAGCAAGGUGCGAUGUCAAUGCACAGGAUUACGAUGGCUGGACACCACUUCAUGGUGCAGCACAUUGGGGACAAAUUGAGGCUUGUAAACUACUUGUUGAGAGCUUUUGUGAUAUGGAUAUGAAAAAUUAUGCGGGCCAAACAGCAUUUGAUAUAGCGGACAAUGACAUUCUGAAGGCUUUAGAAGAGUUACAGAAGAAACAGCAGACGAUGGUGAAGGAUCACCCCCAGUUGAAUAACAAAAAACAACCAAUGAUACCAAAGAAGAGAGUGUCUCCAACCAUUGAGAAUGCUGUCGUGUCCCAAGAGGGUAAUGAAACGUUCGAGGAGGAGACACCCAAUAAGGUGAUAAAAGUUGAACUAGAAAUUCAGUCGGAUAAAGAGGAUACGAGUGCAGGAACGAAUAGUGAUGUUGAGAGUGGAGAAGAGACUGAUAUUGAAGGGAGCGAAGUUGAGGGUGAGUCUGAGAGUAACUCAGACACACAGACUUCCUCAGCCUCCAAUCGGUCUAAUACUUCCGAUCAGUCAGUAGGUCUUACAGAUGAUGAGAAGAAGAAUAGGGCUAAUAAAGAUGACACUGGACCACUCAGUCCAGUGCCCUCCACAGAAAUAUCCAAGGUGCCUAAUCAAGCUCCAAUAUUGCCACCAAAACAACAGCCUGAAAAUACGGAAGAGGGUAUUAUUCCGUCCUGGAGGCGCUCCGGUUCGUUUAGAAAUAGAAUUCAAGAAGCUGAGUCCACGAAUUCGUUAACAUCUAAAAUGGAAGAUAAGGAUAAUUCACCGACCAAAACCCCGAUAAUCCCCAACAAAGUAAACCCCGAGCCCGAAGUCGUUCUCCGGAGGACUCACAGCUUCGAGAAAGACGAAAAGUUCUAUGAGCAGUACCUGGCAUUGCAAGCUCGAAUCAUGGCAUCUUCCUGCCCCACACUCCACCGCUGUCAUCAAGCUACUCCCUACCACACCAACGCUACGACCACUCGUUCUGCGUCCUUGCGCGAAACUCACAGAAAAAAAGAGGUGAAGCUCAACCUGGAGCUACCCCGAGUCCCGCAGGAGAGCAACGCCACGUCCCCUACAUCUGCCUCAAACAAACUCUUGUCCUCACCAACACUGCCAACUGGUACCAGCUCCGCCAGUGCUACAUCCACUGCCGUAACAACAACAACAACAAGUCCAGUUCCAGCCAAUCAAAUUCGCAGCGUACAAUCGGUGGAAACAAGCUCAGCAAACGUUUCACCCACUCGUAACACAGCGACAACAGCGUCAGCGCCAAAUACACCAGCUGGAAGCAAACUCAGUCCUGGAAAUAUCUUCAAGAAUUUCUUCAAAUCAUUUGUACCACCUGUUCGUGAUGAGGAGAGCGAAACCCAGAGGAAGGCCCACGCGAAGAGAGUCCGAGAGACUCGACGAUCCACUCAGGGCGUCACUCUGGAUGAGAUAAAGAGUGCAGAGCAACUAGUGAAGAAGAAACAACAGCAGAAUAACGACACAGCUCCAACGUCUGCACCCCAGCCUGCAGCUUCACUCGGUCAAACAGCCUCGAUCACAGCUACGAUAACAACAGCAACUCCUACGACUGUAACUCCAAACAAAUUACCUGAGGAGACUAACCUGCCUGAAAGACGACCCUCGUGGCGGUUGAGGGUAGAUAAUGGGAGCAAGUUUCAGUUGGAAGACGCCAACAAUAAAUCAUCGGACACGACAACAGCGUACAUAAGAAGGCCUUCGAGUGGAACGGGAAUACCUAGACCCAGUUCAGCUCCAGUGGAAACAAUUACCACUGGUACAGCCGAUGCAACGGUUACCCUACCACUCAGACGAACCUUGAAAUCACCUGAGGACAAAGAACAAGACAAGGAGAAUGACAGUAGAAAUGUCCAGGCCACACAGGCAGUCAUUCAGAGGCGAAGGAGGCCCAAAAGAAGAUCGACAGGUGUUGUUCACGUGGACAUGGAUGAGAUAGAUCCAGAGAAGCAGGAUGGCUCUAGUGUUGGGGAAGGUGAGGAGACGAAGAAUAAUCAGACUGAGAGUGGCAACGAACGCUCCGGUCGAUCGAGCCGCCUCGGCUCAGUCACGUCAGUAUCCUGCGAGGUACCGUCCACUCCGAGUAGAACAAAAUCUACAAACUCCGAAAAUGGAGAACUGGAUUAUAAGAAACUCUGGGAGGAGUCCCAAGCGGAGAACGAGAGAUUGAAGGACAAGCUGAGGAGGUCGGACGACCAGCUGAAGGAGACCAGGAGUUUGUUGGAGAAGGCUCAGAGUAAUCAAAAUAAAGCUGCCUUGUCGGAGGCUGAGAAACGGGAGAGACGGGCGAUGGAGAGAAAGCUCUCUGAGAUGGAGGAAGAACUCAAGCAAUUGCAAAAGCUCAAAGCCGAAAAUGAGCGAUUGAAAGCCGAAAAUCGGGCACUUACCCGCGUCGUAUCCAAACUCACCAAUACUACUAAAUAGAUGCUGGAGCAGUUGAAGUGCGAGAACCAGAGGCUAAAGGACGAAAACGGAGCCCUCAUAAGAGUUAUCAGUAAGCUUUCCAAAUAAACAAGUUGAUGAGUAAUCUUUGGUGCAUCCAAAGUGAGAAGACGAUAAAAUUAGAAUUUUGGGAAAGGCUGCAAAUUAUUUGUUAAAUUGUAUUAUUUACUUUAUCCAUAUUUUAACAAUUCAACAUCCAUUAAUACAAUGUUGACUUACUGCUGCUGCGAUGAAAAUUGAUUAAUUUUUUGUGUUAAUAAUUUAAUUUAUUUCGAAGGAAUAUGUAGAUUCAGUUACUAUUGUGGCUGUGCCGAAGGCAAAUAAAGGCGAUUAAUAACAGAAAUAAAAUUCUUAAUGCAAAUAAAAUGGAAUUCGACCGUAUGAAACAUAAAAA